AUGGAUAAAGAUCGUAGCAGGCAAGUUGCACCCGUUGUUGGUGGUCGCCUUCCUCAUCCGAUGGCUGCUCCAACGGUUUUAUCCUCAGCUUGUCCAGUCCCUAGAUCGGCUUCUGCCGCUGUUGCUGAACCGACUUCUCCCGAUGGUGAAACAAAUCUUCAGAUUCCUCGUCCAGAUACUGUGCCUCAGAGAAAGGCUUCCAUUAUCAAUCCGUCAGUGCACUGCAAACUCAGCCCAAUGCCACAUGUUCAGCAUCACGAUGGCCAGCCGGCACAGCUGCCAUCAGUCGAGUAA